AUGAUUGCACUUCAUUAUACAACCAUACAUGAAGCAAUGCAAUAUAUUUUACUUUUUACAGGUCUUAUGUUUGAUAUAGCUAUUAUUGGUACAACUAACCCUCUUAUACGCCGUCCAAGACCAAUAGUUAAUCAUAAUGAUGUUCUAGCAAUUGGACCUGAUAAGUUUUCUUUUCCUAGUGGUCGUACAUCACGAGCUGUAUUUCUACUUUUUUAUUUUAUUCAAACAUCAUUUCUCAAACAUUUGCCAUCUUCCUUUAUUAUUAUUCGGUUAAGUCUUGUUGUAGCUUCUCGGCUUCUAUUAGGACGUCAUUAUAUAUCAGAUGUUAUAGCCACAAAACGACAUGAUAAUAUUAGUCGUUUAACUCCCGAAGAUAUCGAUCCAUUUUUAUGUACACAUAUUAAUUUUGCUUUUGGUAAAGCACUUGAAAGUUUAACAAUAACACCUUAUGAAGAAGAUGAUUUGAAAGGAUGGACUGCAAGUUCACAAGGCUUGUAUGAAUGUAUAUUACAAUUCAAAGAAGUUAAACCUGAUCUACGAGUUUUAUUGGGUAUUGGUUCAUUUCUUUUAUAUUCUAUAUGGAUUUCAAGAUCUGAUCAAUGUGGAGACUAA